AUGAAGCUCAUUUACUUAACCUUAUUAGUAUUACCUGCAGCUCUUUUAUGUUUCCAAAAUGCUAACUCUUUAUUAGCAAGAGCAGAAGAAGACGAAUUAGACGAUGUAGUUGACAUUGAAGGUGAAGAUAGUCAGGUUGUGGGUGAUGAUGUUAUUGGAGAAGAAGACGAUUCUGUUGUCAAAUCAUCACAAGAUGUAGAUACUACUGUGUUGUUUACUAAACCAAUCACUAGUUAUGGUGAUGUGGCAUUUGACCUUCAAGCUGGCAACCCUGUUGAAUUUUUAGUAGGUUUUAUUAAUAAAGGAUCAGAGGACUAUUUGGUAGAAACCAUGGAAGCAUCCUUUAGAUAUCCUAUGGACUACACUUACUACAUCCAAAACUUCACAGCAUUGCCUUACAAUCGCGAAGUUAAGCCAAAACAAGAAGCUACCUUUGCUUACUCCUUCAUCCCUAAUGAGGCUUUUGCUGGAAGACCCUUUGGGCUCAAUAUUCAAAUUAACUACAGAGAUGCUAGUGGAAAUGCAUACCAGGAAGCUGUUUACAACCAAACUGUAAACAUUGUGGAAAUCUCAGAAGGUCUUGAUGGAGAGACAUUCUUCCUCUAUGUGUUCCUUGGCGCCGCUUGUGUGCUUAUCCUCGUAGUUGGCCAACAGGCCCUUUCUUCUCUUGCCCGUCGUAGAUCCCCAAGGUCUGCACCUAAGCCACUUGAAACUGGAACAGCCAAUGAUGUUGAUUACGAUUGGCUUCCUAAAGAAGUUGUAAAUCAGCUAAAAAAAUCACCCAAAACACCAAAGCAGUCUCCACGAUUGAGAAAGGCUAAGAGAUCAGCUGGGGAUGACUAA